CUCCCGAGGACGCGAGCCUUUGUUACUUUUAUUCACCCAGGAGCUUCUCUCGAGAUUGGCAGAUUACCAUGCACGAUAAUAAGCCUACCCCUAUCUCGAAGGUGGAAAACAAAAAGUGGGAGGUGAAGUGUAAUGACGGAGGCAAAAUCUACGAGUGUGCUAGAUGCGGCUACAUCAGCGAGCGGAAAUCCAACGUCGGGCGCCAUUUCAGAAGAUUUCAUAGCGAGUUGGAUAAAUACAAAACUUGCAUAUGUAAAAAAAGAUUUGUGACAAAGGGGGAAUAUUAUGAACAUUGUAAUAAAGUACAUAGACAUUUGAGGCAUUCGUGGUAUAUUAAUACGUUAAAGUAUAAAAUUAGAAAAAUCAAGGUGAAAACAAAGAAAAUUGGAGUCAUUGAAUCAAAUUAUCAAGCGAUACAAUGUAAUGCGAAGAGAGGUUUGAGAUCAUCGCCUCGCUUACAAUCCUUAUAUAAAAAAGGACUUUUAAAUGCUGAAAAAUCUAUUAUCGACGAUAUUUCAAGUGGUUGUAAUAUACAAAAGUCAAUAAGAGAAAUCAAAAAUGAUAUUAAAGAAAAUACAGUUUUGAGCGUGAAUUGUGAUUCUGAUAUAAUACGAGAAAAAAUAAAUCUAAAUACUGGCAGUAAAUCCUCGCUACAUUUACCAGAAUUUCAUAUGAUAAUACCCCUUACGAAUUUGCCUUUAAAAAAGAGGUUCGGAGCUUUUCCUAAAAGAAAGUGUUUGAGUGAUAUAAAAAAUUUUAAUAAUAAUAAUGCUAGUGAAAAAACUCAUAUUGGAUAUGUAAAAAAUUUGUAUGAGACUUCAAAUAACAAUGAAGUAAAAAUUCAUAAUUUAAAUUUAGCUAAGAUAGACGAACAACAAAGGGCCUUUAUUAGCCAAAUAGAUUUUGAUGAAUUAAAUGCUAUUUUAAAUUUAAAAUAU